UCAGCUAAAUACUGAAAAAUAACAAUGGACAUUCAAACAGAAAAAGUAUACCCUCUCUGGCAGAGUAUUCGUCGUCCUCUAUAACUCUUGCCAGUCCAAAGUCAGCGAUUUUGCAGAGCAGACUCUCUGACACCAGGACAUUGGCUGCUCUCAGGUCUCUGUGGAUAUAUUUCUUAUCCUCUAUAUACGCCAUGCCCUCUGACAGAUCACUGCGGUCAAACCUCCACCUUCAGCCACCUGAAGAAGACCACUCCCCCUGAAGAUCCCCACAGAAAGCUGUGGCCAAACCUCCACCUACAGCCUCUAUAAGGAAACCUGCACAGAUGUUAUCCUACUGCCAUGUGGAGACCUGAGUGGAACAGCAAGGACCAGAGAAACACACGCAGAUAUAGUCCUUCAGUGUUUUCAAACGUUGUGAAAGACUGAGCUCACACUCCUCAACAUGAACCUGACUGACUGUGAUGAUGCCUUCAUGAAACGAGAGAGCUCCACUAUCUACCAGGAGCUGCUUCAGGGCCCUGAGGACAACUCCUUUUACAACAGCUCUGUUCCAGAGAUGCUUCCUCCUCCUCCACAUCCUCCACCUUCACCACCCCUCCUGCUCAUCGCCAGAACUAAGAGUGCCCCACCCCAUCUCAGCAACCACCACCAGUUUCUCCUGCAGCCACCGCCUAAGAGGAAGAGACGUAAAGAAAAAAGGAAAGGUAAAGGCGAGGCAGCGGAAGACGGUGCCCCUCAACACAAAAUCCCCCACAUGGCGGUGGAUCUGCAAGAAACGCCAGAUGAGAAGCAAGGGGCCGAGUCAUCCUCAGAAAAAGGGUCUCUAAUGGACACCCAACAGAAUGAACGAGAGAAAACAGACAUCGAGGGGAACGGAGUGAGCCAAGACAACACACUUGAAAUAACACCCACUACUGAUGACAACGCAAAAACCAACACAAAUGGUGGUGAAGAAAGCAGAACAAAAGAUGGAGGAAGUGAAAAAUUAAGCGAGAAAUCGUCCAAGACUGAGCAGAAGAAGAACGCCGACUCAGGAUCGCACCGUGCCGGGUUCGACGCCUUUAUGACGGGAUACAUUUUUGCCCAUUCAUGUACCCUGAACAAGAAGAAAGGAGUGGAAGCUGUAGGGAAGGAGGAGGAAGAGGAGUCCUGGGUUCCUUCGUGUCUCAAUAAGGUCUACCUCAGCGGUAAAUCUGCUCCUCUCAACGUGGUUAAAAGCACCUUCUCCAAAUCAUCCAAGGCCCAUGUGGCGAAGAUGGAGAUGGUUUGGGGAAAGAAAGUGUAGUGUCCACACUUGAACACAGUAUUUAAGUGUUUAUAUUAGGGCUGCAACUAAUUAUUAUUUUAAUUAGUAAUCUGCAGAUUACUUUUACGAUAAACUGUUUGUUCAAUAAAUUGUCCAAAAAUAAUAAAAAAGGAACAACCUCAAAAGACUCAAAGUCCAAGUGAUUCAAUGUUUUGUUGAGUCCAAACCUAUGGUCCAAACCCAAAGAUGUUGACUUUAAUAUAAUAUUUA